UUUAUGACGUCGGACAUCAGAGCAAGAUGGCGGCGUCCUUUAGAGUUCUGCGAAAAACACUUCAGUGCUCAGUUCAAAAUGUCUCUGUGUGCAGAGUUAAAGGUCCAGAAGUGUCCGUGUGUCGGAGAUACGCUGGAGUUUCUGAUGGAAAAGCCGUUCAUUUUGGUUUCGAGACGGUGACAGAAGAGGAGAAAGCAGAAAGAGUGUAUAAAGUGUUUGAAAGCGUUGCUCAGAAGUAUGACGUGAUGAACGACGUGAUGAGUCUCGGCAUCCAUCGGCUGUGGAAAGACACACUGCUGCGUGUGAUGAAUCCUCAGCCUGGGUUACACCUGCUGGACACAGCCGGAGGCACCGGUGACAUCUCUUUCCGUUUCCUGAAUUACACACGUUCGGUGCGUGAGAUGCAGCUGCGUCAGAGAGCACGGGCCAAUCAGACGCCUUCGUGGAAGGACAUAUCCUCUGGUUACGGCUCAGAGGGGGCAGAGCUUCGAGAAUCUCGAGCGGUGGUUUGUGACAUCAAUAAAGAAAUGCUGAAGGUUGGGAAAGAGCGCAUGGAGCAGGCAGGGAUCAGCACAGGUUUGUCGUGGGUAGUCGGGGACGCACAGGAGCUUCCGUUCGAUGACGAUCAGUUUGACAUUUACACCAUCGCAUUCGGCAUCCGGAACGUCACUCACAUCGAGCAAGCUCUGCAGGAAGCUUUUCGUGUGCUGAAACCAGGUGGGCGCUUCAUGUGUCUAGAGUUCAGCAAAGUGUCCAACCCUCUUGUGUCCAGGCUCUACGAUGCCUACAGUUUCCAGAUGAUUCCAGUUCUAGGUGAAGUGAUUGCAGGAGACUGGAAGUCGUAUCAGUAUCUGGUGGAGAGCAUCCGCAAGUUUCCUGAUCAGGAAACAUUUCAGGAAAUGAUAGAGGACGCCGGUUUCUUCCGCGUGCAGUACACUAAUCUCAGUGGAGGAAUCGUCGCUCUUCAUUCAGGGUUUAAGCUCUGAUGGUUGUCUCAUACACACAGAUGGAUCUCGAGACGUUUACAGAGAGAAGACGAGUCGAUGUCGUACGAGAGGAAAAACAGACACGACGCUACCUAACUGUGCACAACAACCUCGUUACACGGAGACUUCACCCGAUAUAGCUGAACGAGGGACGUUUAUGGCAAUGGGUUUAGUGUUGAGCUCAAGGCUCUAGAGUCUGAAAGACAAUUCAUUAUUUAAACUACACACAAAACCUUACGGAAUUUACAUUAAAAUAUUUUUAGUAACACGAA